CCAGUUAUUGCAACCAAUAGCCAUUGGGUAUGACACGAUUGGAAAAAUUGCCGUAGCUCUUGUCAGAUACUCGUUUUUUUGGGGAUGAUGUUCUCCAGGUUUCAACCUUGAAAGGAAAGGGAUCUAAGCGUGCUCUGGAUGCUCAUAAACUAGAAGCCUUACAUUCCUUUUUACACAGUGUACAACCUUUCAGCAAUUUGAGAAAGAAUGAGUUCAACUUAUUAGUGAAAGGAAAAAUUGAUGGUGCAUUAAAAGACCACUUGAAAACUUCUUUCAAUCGGUCAUCUUUAAAGUAAUUUUUGGAUUUCCAUUGUUUUACAUUAUUACCUGUGUUUUGGAAUUCCGAAGUUGUUUAUUCUAUCUUCUUUCAAUAUCUUGUAUUUUUUCCUCAUUUACACAAUUUUUGUAAAUGUUGUUUUUUUGGAAUUCCAUAGUUGUUUAUAAUUUAAUUAUGUUAUUGAAUACUUGCUGGGGUUGCUUAUCAUGUGUAUGAUCUUCAAUUAAAAUAUCUAUUGUGUUUCAUUAAUAUUACUUGUGUAAAUGUGAUUUUUGGAAUGCCAUAGUUGUUUUAUUUACAACGGUGUGUACCAUUUACAUCUUCAGAGGGGUCUGCUUCCAGAGGACUGUAUAAUUAUGAAUUAUUGCCGAGCGCAUUAGCGCGAGGCAACUAUUCGCGAUAUAAUUAUGUAUAAUGUACGUACACGUACGUCGUAUAUAUGUCAAUUAGUCACCAAAAUUAAAAGGAAGUGUAACUUCCGUAAUUUGGCGUCUAGCUUCCGCCGUGCGCGCACACACCGCGCGCCGCGUCGCGGUGCGCGCAUGCGUAAAUCACCGUACACACGUGCUGCAGUUCGGACGAGUGAUCAUGAGAGUGGCUAUCUGUGAGGACGUCCUCGCGAGUUAGGAGUGAACACGGUAUAUUAUACCUAAUAUAUUUUUGUAGAACCGUACACAGCCAGUAAUACGUUCAUGUAUGUUUCAGAUGUCAACGUUGGAGACAUCGGAGGGUGCCACCAUUCCCACCGUGUUGUUUGAAAACUUGCCGGAACUGCCGUUCGUGGAUUAUUGUCCCCCCGAUCAAGCAAAAGCGGUUCAGCCACCUUCGCCACCACCGUUGCGGUCAACGUCGCCGCCGCCGUCGUCGUCGGGCUCUUCGCCAUCACGGUUACCACCGGCACUUCCCGGCCCUAGUGUACCCGUUACUCCAAAUUUACCCAGCAAGCAUAACGGAAAUCCCUCGAGGAAUUAUGUGUGGUUUGGCCUUGCUCCAGCUGAUCUUGUUAGGCCAAGGCAACAUGAGGAGGAAGAAGACGAAGUUUUGGUAACUUCUUCCGACAGCUCUCGGAGUGAAUCCCCAUCUAGAGAGCAAGCACUAGUGGUAUCACAGUCCGAGGAGCCAGGCUCUGAAGUGAAGGACACUGAAGGCACGGUUGAGACAAACAGGGCGACAAGUGCGGAGUCCCAGGCUGCAGACACUAAAGAGAAGAGUAAGGUUCUUCUGAAAGUCGGACGGGAUGUUGUAGAUGAAAUAGAGACGUGCCUACUAAAAGGGAUACUAGCAUUUGACUGUGCCGGAAACGCAAAAGUGUUACAAAUUCACCCCAUUAGAGGGUCUUUGUCACGUUACGGGUUAAAGGUUAUCCUGAAUUUCCGGAGAAACAGGGAUGAUUGGUCUCUUCCUCAGAAUUUCUAUGAUCUGAUUCCCGCGUUAACGACAGCAGACAACCUUGGAGAUGAAGUUUUCAUUAGGCACAUUGCGAAUGAGCUUUGUGUGCACCCACUCAAAUUGACAAUGGCUUCCGACAUCAAGAAAGUGUACGAGACAGGUACAGAUUGAUGAAGAGGGUGGUGAAGCUGACGAUAGCUGCAUGUGACCGAUGUGUACUCUGCAAAGAUGUUAUAGUUGACCUCGACAGUGUCAACACUACCAACUGUUGCGGAGCCCGCAUACACGUCAUGUGCAUGAAGAUCGUGAGCACCUGUCCAGGAUGUGGCGAUGGAUGGAUACCACUUCCCUGCUGCAGAUGCAAACAUGAUAUGUCGUACAGUGAGCAUGCAGUGGAAAGAAUGGCAUGCUGUGAUGCCGACAUACACAAGCACUGUUUGUUCGUUCUACGAUCGAGGCAGUGUCCAUCUUGUGGGGUUUAUCUUAAAAUGGAUGGAUAUCCGUAUAUCCCAGUUUCAGUUGCAGAGUAUGUAAAAUCCCGUAGGGCAAUGAGACGUGUGCAGCGUGCAAGAAAUGGGGCGGUCGUUUAAUGGACAUCCAAAAUUUUUCGACGCAGAAAUCCUUUCACACAUGUGUGGACAUCUGCAGUUUUUGUCUCACGUACAUACACCUGUUUAGUGGGCAUCCACAAUUUUUGUCAAACUAUUUGAUUACAUAUUCUGGCAGGCAUCUGCAUUUUUGUUAUAUGUACGUACAUACGUACAUAUUUAGUGGUCAUCCACAAUUUGAUACUUUAGCCGGCAUCUGCAUUUUUGUCAUAUGUACGUACAUACAUACAUAUUUAGUGGGCAUCCACAAUCUUUCUCAAUCUCUCUUGGCAUUCACAAUUUUCUCUUUUUGUACAUCAGUCUUGUGUAUAUAUGUGUGUAUCACCAUUUAUAUCUUAUGAUCACCAUCUACAUUUCCAUCAGUAUACAUUUGUUGUUU